AUGAUCAUGUAUGAUACAAGCAUAAGAUGCAGGGGCGCAAGGAUGUCAAUACGUGUUGCGUCGAAGACCCUUGGCCCGGGGGUGCGCAUCCUCUCCAACGGUGUUCUUCUGUUCAGCUUGCAUACUUUGACGAUGUAUCUCUUCCAUGUUACGCACCAUUACUACGUACCUCAAUAUACCUCGCCCAUGCGAGUGUGGCAUCUUCCGUCUGACGAGCUCGUCCAACCGAUCGUACCGUUCUCGUAGUGCUGAACCCAUCCCA